GCCGCUCUAGCCCUCCCGCCUCGCUUCCUCUCCCAAGAUGGCGGCCUGGAUGACGCUCUGCGCGGCGACGGCGCUGGCGCUGGCGCUGCUGCUGCUGCUGUUGCUAUGGCGACGGGCGCGGCCUAGCGGGGCCCGGUCCCACCGGGUGGCGGUGGUGGUCCUGGGCGACCUGGGCCGGAGCCCCCGCAUGCAGUACCAUGCCCUCUCUCUGGCCCGGCGGGGACGCCGCGUCGCCUUCCUCGGCUACUCCGGCACGAAGCCACACUGUCAGAUCUUGCACCAUGAAAACAUACGGAUGGUUCCAGUGACAGACUUCAAAGCCUGGCAAGCCGGACCAAAGGUUUUCCAGUAUAUUCUAAAGGUGUUGGUCCAGAGCGCCCAGCUGUUUUAUACGAUGUUGAAGAUAGAUCAACCAGGCUAUGUCCUCCUGCAGAAUCCCCCAGGCCUGCCCAGCAUAGCCAUCGCCUGGCUGAUCUGUCUUGUGCGGAACAGCAAAUUCAUUAUUGACUGGCACAACUACGGCUAUACCAUCAUGAGCCUGACCCAUGGAAAGGGACACCCGAUUGUCCGGAUUGCUAAAUGGUAUGAAGAAUUCUUUGGCCGUCUGGCGAAUGAUAGUAUUUGUGUGACUAAUGCGAUGAAGGAGGAUCUUCAGGCACAGUGUAACAUCAGAGCCGUCACCCUCUACGACAAGCCGGCUUCUUUCUUCAAGGAAACAGCCCUGAGUGAUCAGCAUGCGCUGUUCGUGAGACUCGCCAAAGACCAUCCUCCGUUCAAAGCCCCACUUGGAACAGAGCCCUCCCUCCUGGAUGAUCAUGAGAAAUCUGCCUUCACCCAGCUUGACGUCAGAACGGGAAACGUGACGCAGCGCCCGGGCCGACCGGCUCUCCUCAUCAGCAGCACUAGCUGGACAGAGGAUGAAGAUUUUUCCAUCUUGCUCAAAGCUUUAGAAGAAUACGAGCAGUAUCUCCGUGAAGGAGCAAAGCUUCCCCCCUUAGUGUGUGUGAUAACAGGCAAAGGGCCUCUGAAGGGCUAUUAUAACAAGCUGAUGGCGACUCUGCACUUCGAGCAUAUCCAGAUCUGCACUCCCUGGCUGGAAGCAGAGGACUACCCCCUUCUCCUCGGCUCGGCCGAUUUAGGUGUGUGCCUCCAUAAAUCCUCCAGCGGCUUGGAUCUGCCGAUGAAAGUGGUGGACAUGUUUGGCUGCUGCUUGCCUGUGUGUGCCGUGCACUUCCAGUGUUUACAUGAACUGGUGAAGCACGGAGUCAACGGUUUGAUAUUCAAGGACUCGAGAGAACUCGCCGAGCAGCUGAAGAUGCUUUUUUGGGAAUUCCCUAGCGUGGAAAGCAAGCUCCACUUAUUCCGACAAAACCUUCGCUCCGCCAAGCAGCUGCGGUGGGAGGAAAGCUGGGAGCAGGCGGUCUUUCCUCUAUUUAAUGACGGUUUAACUGAUAAUCACAGAAGUUAAUUUAUAGGUCGCACAUUCCCAAAUACUGUAAUACUGUGAAAGUGUUUGUAAAUUAAAAUACUUUUUCUUAAAAAACAACAA